AUGAGUGACAGCAGAGUAUCCAAAGCACAGAAUCUUGCUCGGAUUAGAGAUAACCAGCGCCGAUCACGCGCUCGACGCAAAGAGUACAUGCACGAGCUGGAGGCAAAGUUGCGCAGCUAUGAGCAGAUAGGCAUCGAGGCCUCUUCAGAAAUCCAGACUGCUGCCAGGAGAGUGUUGCAUGAGAAUCAGAAACUCCGCUCGCUGCUCCAUGGAAGAGGAGUAUCAGAGUCCGAGAUUUUGGCAGCAUUAGAGGACAUGUCUGAUCGACGAUACGAGCAUGAUACUGCGGCUUCCAGAUUGCAUGCGAUGCUUGAACGAAGGGUCAACACCAACGUAGUAUCUUCUACAAGCUCGCCUAUACCCUCAUAUACAAGGGCUGCCUCGAUACCUCGGCAAAAACCACCAGUGCCACCCGUUACAAUCCCACCUACGCGGCCAACAGCACUCAGCUACAACGACUCACCUAGCCCCGGAUCCAUGGUAUCAACCAUGAGUACACCACCACCGGCAUCGUAUCCAGCAACGCUCUACACUACGCCCAUGACUCCAUCAGCUGCCCAAAUCAAGUCAGAGCAUGUUCAGUACGACUACCCUUAUGACCAGCCAUACGGCAAUGCGUGGGCUUACUCGAGCGAUGGCAACUACACUGCAGAGCCGGUGUCUUACUAUAACAGCUCGUCAUGCGUUGACGCUGCGAAUAUCAUCCGCACGAUGCGGGUUGGCGUCGGCCCUGGGUUGGAGGCCGAUCUAGGGUGUCACGCAUCUGAUCGUCGUUGCUAUGUCAACGACGCAACGGUUUUCAGCGCCAUGGAUCGAUAUUCCCAACACAACGCGACAAUAUGA